AUGAGCAACCAGCAGCCCAAGCUGCCCAACAAAGGAAAGUUGGAAAGUAUUACAACAAAACUUUUUCCACAAGCGAAUAAGAUCAGCUGUAAACCAUUAUGGCAUCAGAACCUGCCUUCGUUCCAUCUGCGGCGAGAUCAGGAAGAUGCUCACGUUCCAGAGCAGUUCAUGAUAAGGAAUGAGCUGACACCUGGUAAGAAUAAACCUGGAUGUUUGGAGUGGAAGUGA